AUGAGAGGCCCUUAUGCUCAAUUGUUGCUUCUAUUUGGCCUCCUCCUCCUAUGUACCGCAACUUCAAUUUCUUUCGCUUUGAAUAAUUCUGAGGUGAGAUGCAUAGAGGAAGAAAGACAUGCACUUCUCAAAUUCAAACAAGGCCUUGAAGCUCAUAACGGUAUGCUGUCUUCUUGGGGCAAUCAUGAGGAAGAUUGUUGCAAUUGGGAAGGAAUCAAAUGCAGCAACCGAACAGGUCAUGUUGUCAAGCUUGUCCUCCAGGGAAAAUAUUUAUUUGAAGGCGGCCAUAAAUAUCUGUCAGGUGAGAUAAGCUCUUCAAUACUUGGUUUGCAGCAUUUGACUUACUUGGACUUGAGUUUGAAUAAUCUUUCCACCCUCCCAAAGUUCAUUGGUUCAUUCACUAAAUUACAAUAUCUCAAUCUUUCCCACAACGGGAUUUCUGGAACCAUUCCACCGCAGCUUGGAAAUCUCUCAAGCUUGAUUUCUCUUGAUCUCAGCGAACAGAAUUCUGUGGCCGUUGGUCUGGACUGCAAUCUUGACUGGCUCAUUCAUCUCUCCUCUUUGAGAUACUUGGACCUGAGGCAGGUGAACCUCGCCAAGGCAGUUAACUGGCUGGAUAAGGUUAGUUCGCUACCUUAUUUAAAAGAAGUACACCUAAGCAGCUGCGACCUGAUCUCCAUGCCGAUUCCUCCUGUGCUUUUCAAUGCUAGCUCUUCUUCACCACUUUCAAUCCUUGACCUCUCUUUCAAUCAGCUCAAUUCCUCCAUAUUCCCUUGGCUGUUCAAGUAUGCUAAUAACCUUGUCGUUCUUCACCUUCAUUGUAACAUGCUUGAAGGUUCAAUUCCAGAAGCAUUUGGGAAUAUGGUAGCCCUUGUUGAUGUUGACCUCUCUUGGAACAACCUUGAAGGUUCAAUUCCAAAAGCUUUUGGGAAUAUGGUAGCCCUUGUUAAUCUUGACCUCUCUCUCAACAACCUUGAAGGGGUGAUGCCACAAACUUUGGAGAAUCUUCACAACUUGCAGGUAUUAGGCCUGUCAGACAAUAAUAUAAGUGGAGAGGUAAUCGAUCUUACAAAUUUCUCUUUCUUGAGAGAGUUGUAUUUAUUCAAUAAUCGAUUACAUGGGAAUUUAUCCAAAGUAAUAGGAAAUUUUUCCACCCAACUACAAGCUUUGGAUGUGUCUUCGAAUUCUUUCGAAUCUGUUAUCACUGAAGCACAUUUGUCGACUUAUUCCAACUUAAAAAGAUUGGACUUGUCUUUUAAUUCUCUAUCAUUGAAGUUUAGUCCAAAUUGGGUUCCACCAUUUCAUCUGGAUACCAUAAGUUUGGGUUCUUGCAAAAUGGGGACAUCUUUUCCUCAAUGGCUUCAAACACAAAAGAAUUUUUCAUGGCUCGAUAUAUCUGAUGGAGGAAUUUCAGACACCAUUCCCAGUUGGUUUUGGGACCUUUCUUCCAAUAUAGAGUUCUUAAACCUCUCCCGCAACCAAAUCACUGGUACCAUUCCUCAUCAAUGGUUUUUGACAAGGCCUAUUUUUAUGAUAGAUUUGAGCUAUAACCGCCUCAGUGGUCCAUUGCCACAAUUUCCUUCUAAUGCACUUGUGUUGAGUCUCUCCAAUAAUCUAUUUCAAGGAUCUAUUACAUCCAUAUGUGAGAGAAAUGGAUCUGCAAAUGCCAAUAUUCUUGAAAACUGGGAACACCUUGAUCUUUCGAAUAACUUGUUAUUCGGAGAACUCCCUAACUGUUUGGGAAAUAGGUCUAUCAGGAUACUUAAUUUGGCAAACAAUAAUCUCUCAGGGAGAAUUCCUGAUUUCUAUGAUGGUCCUUCGACGUUGCAUUUGAGUAACAACAGUUUCACUGGAGAAUUACGCAAGUGCUUCGCCUAA